AGUUACCCGGGGGCCGCCAUUUUCCUCCAACAAGGGACAGCAGUCCGGAGCGUAGGUAGCGAGAAUUUGUGUGCAUUAUUAGCGAAUCGAAUCGAGAGUGGUGAAACGUAAAACGCGAAAACUCUUUUCGUGUACGCUGCAAAUCGUGUGCGAUUCAUAUUCUACAGAUUGUACAGAGACUGUAGUGUGCCCGACAGGAUAUUCGCGUGACUUUCGUACACCGUGCCGACCGCGGCGGUCACCCGGUAGACGGACGCCGUCGCCGUCGCACAUUUCGGUUGAAUUGACGAGCCGAGAAGAUAUUUUGAAGGAAGAGACGUGGGGAAGACUGUAUACAAGAAGAAGGGAAAAGUGAGCGGUGGGAGAGAAGGAGAAGAGAUAACGCGUGACCGUAGGGAAAGGAAAGAGACGCGAGGAGCGAGGUGAAAAAGGAAAGAAAGAGAAAUAAAAGGGAUAGAGACGUGCGGAGUGUGAAUAAUUUGGUGAUUGCAGUGUGGUCGCGCGCAGUGAAAAAUACUCAGCCAUCAGCCAGUUUGAGGUGUUGCGACGCCAAACGGGGUAUCGAGGGAGAGCGAGUCGCCUCCGACAGGAGACGGUGCUUACUGAGUCGUGAUGUAUUGGAGAUUCAACAGUUUUUGCCCGAAGAUCAACCGAAAGUUAGUGUUGCAAAAGCAGUUAGUGUGACAAAGCGUAAAGAACAACGAGAGUGCUAAAACGUUGUACUAGUUGGACUAGAAGAGACACCUCUAUUGCGAGUGUCUUAUCGAGAUAGUUUUUGUCAUCUACUAUUGUUGGAGCAGAAGGGAGAGGGAAGUAAUUUUUCUUUGUAGUGACACUGAGAGCGCACAGUGCAAACAAUAAAAAUAGGGGGGGCGGUCUGCUGACCGAUGGACAAACGGAAGAUGAUGCCCAAACGCCCUCGUAUGGAGACUUUGAGGGGUCCAAUCGCCAACGGACCGAUCCAAACGCGACCACUGGUUGCACUUCUUGAUGGCCGUGAUUGUUCUAUUGAAAUGCCCAUCCUCAAAGACGUCGCAACUGUUGCCUUCUGCGAUGCACAGUCCACUUCAGAAAUACACGAAAAGGUAUUAAAUGAAGCAGUGGGUGCACUGAUGUGGCAUACGAUAAUUCUGACGAAAGAAGAUUUGGAGAAGUUUAAGACGCUUCGAAUUAUUGUUCGAAUUGGUUCCGGUGUAGACAACAUCGACGUCAAAGCAGCUGGUGAGCUUGGCAUUGCAGUAUGUAAUGUGCCUGGCUAUGGAGUUGAAGAAGUGGCUGAUACUACCCUUUGCCUCAUCUUAAAUCUUUAUCGGCGCACUUAUUGGCUUGCCAAUAUGGUGCGCGACGGCAAAAAAUUCACAGGACCAGAACAGGUGAGAGAAGCGGCGACUGGUUGUGCAAGGAUACGAGGCGACACACUGGGUAUUGUCGGCCUCGGUAGGAUUGGUUCCGCAGUUGCGUUGCGUGCCAAAGCUUUUGGCUUCACCGUCAUCUUUUACGAUCCUUAUCUGCCGGAUGGUAUCGAGAAAUCAUUAGGUCUCACCAGGGUUUAUACAUUACAGGAUUUGCUGUUCCAAUCAGAUUGUGUAUCUUUGCACUGUACUUUGAAUGAACACAAUCAUCAUUUAAUAAACGAAUAUACUAUUAAACAGAUGAGACCAGGAGCAUUUUUAGUCAAUACAGCACGAGGUGGUUUGGUGGAUGACGACGCGCUGGCCGCGGCGCUCAAACAGGGUAGAAUUCGCGCGGCAGCGCUAGACGUCCAUGAAAAUGAGCCAUACAACGUCUUUCAGGGUCAGUCUGCGAAUCAGUGUCCAUUGAAAGAAGCACCCAAUCUUUUGUGCACUCCACAUGCCGCCUUCUACAGCGACGCGAGUUGCACCGAAUUACGUGAGAUGGCAGCGAGUGAGAUACGACGGGCGAUCGUCGGACGCAUACCCGACUGCUUACGCAACUGCGUGAAUAAGGAAUAUUUUCUUUCCUCGACCGGCGGCUGAUAUGUCAGGAUAAAAGAGAUAAUCUUCGUUAUUUAACCCAUUAACGGCCCAUUUU